GAGCCGUUUUUUUCCAUACAGACUCCUCCCCCAGAAUCUUGGCCAAGUGUAAAGAUGGCGUCGGUCAUGGAGGGACCGCUAAGCAAAUGGACUAACGUCAUGAAAGGUUGGCAGUAUCGCUGGUUUGUUUUGGAUUACAAUGCGGGUUUACUGUCAUACUACACGUCCAAGGACAAGAUGAUGCGGGGCUCUAGGAGAGGUUGUGUGCGGCUCAGGGGAGCUGUAAUAGGAAUCGAUGAUGAAGACGACAGCACAUUCACGAUCACUGUGGACCAGAAGACUUUCCAUUUCCAAGCUCGAGAUGCAGACGAACGGGAGAAGUGGAUCCAUGCCUUAGAGGGGACUAUUCUCCGUCACACCCUCCAACUGCAGGAGGCAGAGACAGGAUUUGUUCCAAGUGUCCAAGACUUCGAAAAGAAACUUGCAGAGGCUGACGCGUACCUACAAAUUCUAAUUGAUCAGUUAAAGCUCUUUGAUGAAAAAAUCAAGGAUUGCAAAGAAGAUGAGUCGCGCAGAAAAAUUGAACAUUUGAAGGAAACCACAUGUAGUAUGGUAGAGUCCAUCAAGCACUGUAUUGUAUUGCUGCAGAUUGCCAAGGAUCAAAGUAACGAACAGCAACACGCAUACGGACUGAUAAGCACCAUUAACCCAGUGGAUGGGAUAUUUCAGCCUCAGGACACUUCUUUAGUCAACGUAGCCAUGCCAACACAGACCACCCUCCCCACAGAUGGCUCCAAGAUGUGUAAAGGAGAACAGCGGCCAUCCACUCUAUCAGUGGGGCCUGUUGUCACGGUGAUGGGCAGCCUGCAGACUCCGACCCCCAACAGCACAGGGAGUGGCCCCUCGGCGCCCAGCAGCAGCGUUGCCUCGCCCAGUCACAUGACCAUCACCUCCCACUCGGUCCCUGACUUCUCUUACUCUAGCAGUGAAGACGAGUUCUAUGACGCUGACGAGUUCUCCCAGAACAGCACGUCUCCCAAACACUUCCUAGAUCCCUCUAGGCCUUCUGCUGCUUUGCCUCACAGCGAUGAUGGAACAGUGCUGAAACGACCAAACACUAACGAGUCCCUCGACUCCUCCAUGUCUAAUGGCACCACUGACGCAGAUCAAUUUGACAGCCAUGAUGAUGAGGCGGAGGAUCAGGGGGAGUCUGUGGAGGAGCACAAGAGUGUCAUCAUGCACCUGCUGUCCCAGGUGCGACUAGGCAUGGACCUCACCAAGGUGGUCCUCCCCACAUUUAUCUUGGAGAGGAGGUCUUUGCUGGAGAUGUAUGCUGACUUCUUUGCACAUCCGGAUUUGUUUGUCAGUAUCGCGGAUCAACUGGAACCCAAAGAGCGCAUGGUGCAGAUGGUAAAAUGGUACAUGUCAGCCUUCCACGCAGGGAGGAAAAGCUCAGUGGCCAAGAAGCCUUACAACCCCAUCCUGGGAGAGGUUUUCUUCUGCCACUGGGACCUGCCUUCAGAGAGUGAGGAGCCCACUGCAGUGGAGCCAUCAUCAGAGGGUCCAGUGCCAUGGUCUUCAGCCAACAGUGUGUCUUUUGUAGCAGAGCAGGUCUCUCAUCACCCCCCCAUUUCUGCAUUCUACGCAGAGUGUCUGAGCAAAAAGAUUCAGUUCAACGCCCACAUUUGGACCAAGUCAAAGUUCUUAGGAAUGUCAAUUGGAGUCCACAAUAUUGGCCAGGGCUGUGUGUCCUGUCUGGAACAUGACGAGCACUACAUACUCACCUUCCCCAAUGGCUAUGGCAGGUCGAUCCUGACUGUCCCAUGGGUGGAGUUGGGUGGAGAGUGUAACAUCAACUGCUCCAAAACGGGCUACAGUGCCAGCAUCGUGUUUCACACUAAGCCUUUCUACGGUGGCAAGAAGCACAGGAUCACCGCUGAGAUCUUUCCUCCCAAUGACAAGAAGUCAUUCUGCUCCAUUGAAGGAGAGUGGAAUGGAGUUAUGCACGCUAAGUGGGCAUCUGGGGAAAACUCCUUGUUCAUUGACACGAAGAAAAUGGGCUGUAUCAAGAAGAAGGUGAGGAAGUUGGAGGACCAGUUGGAGUAUGAGUCCCGCAGCCUGUGGAAGGAUGUGACGGUCAGCCUGAAGUCGAGAGACAUCGAUGCAGCAACGGAAGCGAAGCACAGGCUGGAGGAGAAGCAGAGGGGGGAGGCCAGGGAGAGGAAGGAGAAUGAAAUGCAGUGGGAAACUAGGUUGUUCCAUGAGGAUGGAGAGUGCUGGGUCUACGAUGAGCCUCUACUGAAAAGAACUGGAUCACAGAGGCACUGAGGCCACAGAUACAGAUCUCGGAGUCUUAAUAAGAACUCUUUUUCAAACCACUUCUUAUCCAGGCCUUGGAAUGACUGAUGAUUGAACAUGUACACAGCUUUGCAUUUUCAAAGUUAAAAUGGAAUGAAAUUAAGAAGAAACAUCUACAAUGUAAAAAAGAAAACUCCUUGUUUUCGCCAACACCACCUCCACCUCUCCAUCCCCUAAACGACUAAAAGAAGCAUAAUAACAAAACCAGUACCAAUGCCCUUCGGCUACACAAACAAGCUCUCACAAUCUGUCAGGAGGAUCCCACGAGGGUCCCUGAGGGGGAGGGUGUUUUGAUUGAACAAUCCUUGAAAAACAGCAUUCUAUAUCUCAGGGAAACUGGUGACUGAGGAAUGAAAGCUGUACCUCUGGGAGUUUGACGGCCUUAUGGUGGAAUCACAAGGGGGAGAACUUGGCUUGCCUACAACUAGCUACAGCUGUUUAUAUAUAGAUACAUAUGAUGAAUAUAUAUUAUUUUUUAUUUCCUUUCUCUUUCCUUAUGGCAAUAGUAAAUAUUUGAGGAAAUUAACUCUGUGGCAACACAUCAGGAAUCAUUCCAUUUCCCCUGCUACAUUUGUCCCCUCUCAAGUUCGUCGACAUUGCCUUUCGCAAUGUACUAACUUACCAUCUAGUGUGUGUUUAUCUGCUCAAGAGGACCAGAAGAACCCAAGAAGUAUGCAUUUGCAAGAUAGACAGAAGGUGGAGUCGAGGAAGAGGACUUGUCUCCAUGUUGAUUAUUUUCCCUUUUGGCAUUUAUGAACAAAUGUAUUUUUUGUUUUUCAGAUGAUUGGGUAACAUGUUAAGGAGCUUUAAUGAGAGUAGGUUUUAUUGAUUGCUGCUUGUGUCCAAAUUUGGUUGAGGGUGCAAAAUGUGCUUUCCAAUUGUUGUUCAAUAGGAAAGCAUAUAAUAGUCUCAUGUCUGCUUUCAAAAGAAUGGUUAAUUCCCAAUUCAGUGCAACAUCAUUUUAACCUCAAUAAGCAGAUGUUUGGAUAAGUACCUAAAAUAAAAUACAGAUUUUUUUCACUUGAGCAUAUGAAUCAUUAUGUAUAUUUGUGGAUAUUCUUUAGCGAACCCAUUAUGUGCAAUAUUGUAAGCUAAAGUCAGAUAUGUUAAUUUACCCCUCAGAAGACAUUUUUAUCAGUAAGCAAGGCCAGGUUAUACAGUACAUGAAUUGACUUUUUGGUCAGCGGAAAGGAGUUGUGACCGAAACCAUGUGUAGGGAUAUAGAGCACAUUCCUGCUGAAUACACGCAUGCGAUGAUUGCCUGCGGUGAAAAACUAAAAUUCAGGUGGAUUUUCAUCCUAUUCUAUCUAGUAGGUAAAUACUGUGUCUUCUAAAAUAAUAGAAUUUACAGAGUUUACACACAAAAAAAGCCAUUAUUUUUUCAUGUUAUGUCUUUGUAAAUUAAUAUUGAAUUGAGGCCUUGCCAUACAUUUCCACAGCACUGUUUCGCUUCAAAGGAGCAAUCAAAACAAUGUAUUUUUUAUUUCCUUGAAAUCAUAACACUCGAUUGUAUCGCAUUUUCAUGUUCAUUGAUGCAAAAUAUUAAAUCUCCCUGAGUUUACCUCUGUUUAGUGUUUGACACCCUUCAUUAAAAAAAGAUUGUGGCAUAAAGGC